AUGGUGGCUGUGCUCCAGCCCCCUCACUGCAGUGGCAUUGCCAGCCCUUGCUGGGUUCACAGUGGGCUCCUCAUGCCCCUGUGUGCUGUUGGAGUGCCACGGAACUGGGGCCAGUGUCCUCCUGGGGACUUUGGCCAGCUUGUCCGUCUCUCUGCUCUGGUGCGAGGUGACAAGCUGGUGAGGCAGGAGGUCACCUCAACAUCUUCCCCCCCAAAAAACAGGAGCACUGUGCUACCAACCCACUGCUGCAGCUUGAGGGGAACCCCCUUCUUUGGGCCUUGGGGAACCAGCCGGCUCCACAGGAUUCUUCUCCAGACAAACUGCUUCAAAAUUGCCAGCUUUCAUGUAGCUGUCAGCAACCUGAGUGAGACUGUAAAUGUGACAGACCAAAGGCAGUUUGCCACAGGUUUUAUGCAACUUGUGAAAGCCGAGGACAACAAGUUUUGUAUUGGCAUUCUGGAAAACAUUCAGGUUUUGUCAGAGGAUAUAUGAGGGGAAAAUCUGUCGAAAUUCCCUGUUACUCACACUUUUAUGGACUGGAAUAAACUAUGGAACGAUCAGCAUCUGAACAUCAAGGUCUCUAAUGCUGAAGUCUUUCAAUGCUUGCUGAAAUACUAUCUUUGA